AUGAUGCCCAAACAAAUGGGAACAGAAAAAUAUGAGAAAAGCAAACUCCAUAAUAAGCAAAAUGGGAAGCAAAGGAAAAAAUUUCCGAAAAUACUGGAGGAUAAAUAUGUAGAAAUGUUAAUAUCGAAAGAUGUGAAAGGAAAAAAUAGGGGAGGCAAAAAAUGUGGAGCUUGGGAAGAAAAAGGAAAAACAAACAAGUACAUUGUACACCUGCAGAAACUGUACAAGGAGUUCAAGUUUGAGGAAUGCUUAAAUUACGGAUUAGAAAAUAUCGAAAAAUUAGAAAAAAAAAAUUAUGUAGGAAAAAUUGAAUUCUUAAAGAUUAUAGGAAAUGUUUAUUUUUAUUUAGAAAAUUAUAAGUACAGCUCCCUUACAUAUAUCUUGCUGUCCAAAUAUUUGAACAGAGUCUCGGAUAAGUACAAAGUAGAAAUCUGUUACAAUGCUGGGGUUGUGUUUAUAAAAUAUUUCUUGCAGAGCAAUGACAUUACUUACUACUUGAAUGCCAAAACUUCAUUUCAUUGUUCCAUGCUCUAUAAUGAAAAUGGCAGUAAGCACUUUAAUCCAAUUAUUUAUGAAAAUACUGUAAGCAUACUAAAGCGGCAUUUUCCCUUAGGCGUAAAGGAACAGGUGAAGGGAAUGAAAAAUGAGAAUAACCUUUUUCCUAAUUCGUCCGAUGAGAGUAUUUUUUUGGAGAGUGGUACUGAUUUGACAGUUUGGUCUGAUGUGAAUGAUAAAGUGGCGAAGCAAGAAGGGAAGAAUACCCAAGGGGAGGAUCCCCAGACGAAGGUAUUAUCUUCCCUUGGAGACUCCAAAUCGUGCACACUUAAAGGCGAUAUGCACAAGGGGGAUAAAAAUUCCAAAGAGAGAAAAGGCAAAAAUCAGGAUGAUGAAGAAGACAUUUAUUUUGACUCUAACAACACAGAAACUUUUUCGAUUUAUGACAACAGCGUUGAUAUGCGAGAUUCCGUCUUAAGGAAAAGUGAAGCCUUGGCGAAGGAGGAAAAGACGCACACUGAAGGAAGGUCCUCGAACAUACAGAUGAAGGAAGAUAUACAGGAGAAUACAGUUCAGUCAGACCAUAAAUUGGUAAACGUAUCAAAUGAGGGAAAAAACAUGACCAACAAUUUUUGCAACAAUUUGAAGAAUAUAUUAUUUAGAAAUCCCGUAAAAAGUCUCUUAAAUAAUACCUCUCGCCCAUUUGUGAAAAGCAAAUCCAGCAGUUUCUUAAAAAGUACACCAGGAAGUAUCUUAAAGAAUUCUUCCUACAAAAUUUUGAAAAAAUCAUCUGGUAGCAUCGUUGGGAAUUCUCCCAUGAAUUUUAUCUCUAAACCUACGGGGAAUGUUGUGAGGAGUUCCUCUAGCAAUUUUUUUAACAGCAACGUGGGAGAAAACACUUUCGUUGGUUCCCCAAUGUGCAUGGUUAGAAGCAAUGAAGGCAACUUUGUGAAUAAUUCUUCCUCCCAGUUUUUGACGAAAGAUUCGUCCUACAAUAUUUCUCCAAGCACGCCUCGCUUUUUACCAAGUCAUUCUACCUUGAACCUUGCGAGCAAUUCGCCCAUCAGUUUUGCAAAUAACCAGACAAACAUUCUGCAGAACAAGGCGUCGACAAUUUUUGGAAACAAUUUCCCGUACAAGCGAAUGCCACAACAGAAGAGCAUUAUAAAAUGUAUAGAAAGGAGUACCGAUGGGAGGAUCCAUCAAGAAGGUCCUAAGGCCUUGUCUAAUUCGAACGAGUGUAAAGCUCUUGAAUAUAUGUCACCAAUUGAAAAUGGUUUAUUACAACAUAAAAGGAGAAAAACUAAUCAGGAGAUUCCUCUUUCUGCUUCUUGUGAAAGGAAUAUCGGAGUGAGCAACGAUCUUUUUCUGAGAUCGAAAGAUAAUAAAAUGUGCACUUUUGAUUACUGGCGUGUUAAGGAGAAGGAAGGCAUAAUAGACAAGGUUAAACAAGACGCAAUGGGACAUAUGCUCCUGCAGAAGACCAAGAGUGGAAGUUUAAGGGAGGAAGCGCAGGAGGGAAAGUCGCAAAGGAGUAAAGCGAAAAAGGAGGUGAUGGAAGAAGGAAAAGUGGAAAGAGAACAGAUCCAAGAUGAGACGCACAGAGAGGAGAAUCCCAAAGAGAUGAUGAUCAAAAGGGGCAAUGUUAAAAAGGAUAAAGACAAAAAAGGCAAGACAGGGAAAGGUAAAUCAAGAAGGCCGAAUACCCUGUUCGAUAAACUGUUUUCAAAUGAAUCCUUUAAUGGAUCCCUUCUUCGCAGAGUAAGGAAAGCAUGCAAAUUGUAUCAGACCCGUUUGAUGAAUGAAUACUAUCACAUUUAUUACUUGAAAAACAAGAAGAAAAAAGUGAAAAAAAUUAUAAAAAGAAAAAGAAUUGCGGAUUUCUUUCAUUAUUUAUAUGAAAUAUGUAAAAAAAAUAAGCACGACUUUUUGAUGAAAUUUGUUGAUCAAGAGAAGCGCAGUAAAGGGGUAUCCCACAGAAAUGCAACUCGACAAGGAGCAAUGAAGAAGGGAAUGCUCCCGAAUGAUAAAAGGACUUUGAAUCGGAGAGAAAUAAAAUUUUGCACGGGGAAAAUUAGCCCCCAUGAGUGUAACGAAAAAUUGAAAACGUUGGAUAAAGGUGAAAUAAGUAGAGAAGGCACCAGGAAAGGAAGCGUGCUCAUCCCAUUUGCAGGAGGUAGAGACCGCUGUGUGAAGGAGGAGGGAAUGGGCAAGGCACCACACAGUCUACGCAAUUACGAAGGAAGCUCUGUAAACCUUUUAGAAAUGAAUUGCAUAGACAAAGGGGGGCGCAAAAAGAAGCUCCAAUAUGAACAAAGAAAAAAGGUGGACAUGCAAAGAACACCUCCCUUCGACUUAUCCCGUUUUGUCAAUCUGUACAGCCAGAUCAGGAGUGGCCAAAACCAGGAGCGCGGAGAGAAAUAUCAAAAGGAAAAAAUGGAAAUUGAGGAAAUAAUCAUUCUAAGUAUUAACAAAAUAAAUAAAAAAAGAAUCAGAGAUAAAGUAAAGAAAUUAAGUUCUUACAACAAUUCAAUCCUCUCUAACAUUGGAGAUAAGUUCAUUGAUGACAUGAACGAAUUAUUUCUCAUAAAAAAUUACGCAAAAAUAUUAAAAGGCCUCAAACGAAAUGACAACAUAAAGCAUAUUUAUUAUCUAUAUGAAAAUAUGUAUGCCAUAGAUAAAUUCGAUCAUAUUAAUGGGAGUAAUUUUUUUAACAUUUCUCAUUUUAUUAUCGACAUUUUAUUGUUGAAACAGAUAAAAGAGAAGGAUUAUUUGAAGAAAAAAAUUCACAAAAUGAAGUAUUCCUACCAGAAUUAUUAUGCCAUUUAUGACUGUACUGAUAGCGGAGCUCUUUUUAAGGACAUCCUCCCGCAACUUCUUAUUCCUACCAUUAAAGACACCAAUAAAGAUGAUCCUAAAACGUUGUCUUCCCAUAUUAUGAGUACAGAGAACUCACAGAAAAGCCUCAAUUUUUUGCCUUCCAUUUUUAAAGAUAAAAAAAAAGAGGUUGACUUGAACGAACAAAAUGAUUCAUACAUUAACGUAAAAUUCAGUUCGACUACCACUAUUAAUAAUAGCGAUACCAUUUCGUACACAAAUCAGAAGAAGGAGGAACUGCUCGGGGAGAGAAUGAAUGAGGUGUUGUCUGGCGAAAAACAUGGCAGUGAGCAAGCCAGUAGAGGCGGUACUAACUCGUGUUUGUCUUUAAGAAACCAUGAUAGAACAUCGGUGAAAGAAGAUGGUGUGAAGAGUGGCACAGGCGACACGAGUGAUACGACAUAUGGGAAUAAACCAAUUUUGCGUGAUUUCUUGAGCAUUUCGAGUAGUAGUCAGCGUGGCGAAUCCAAUGCCAGUAGCAUAAGUUGCAUGGCGCGUGCAUACAAAUGCGAAAUGGAGAAGGUGUACUUGGAAAUGAGUAAGGAAGAGGAGGGAAUUUUUGACGUGGAAAAGUUUUACGAACACAUGAAUGUGUCAAAUGCGAGUAAUGACGAAGAUAGGAUAAGGGCGGAAGAAGUUAUCCUGAUGCUCUUUUAUCACUACUGUAAUGGGGGGGGUGACUGUAAUUCUAGCGUCAGUAGGGACCGCAACGUAAGUGGUAAUUGUGGUGUUGAGUAUACCAUAAGAAGGGCUCUGUUUAAAAUAUUUUUCUUCUUCAUAAGUAACGGUAUAAUUAAUAAGAAGAAUUUGCACGAGUACGUUAGCUUUUUACGGCUAUACCAAUUUUACCUGGACAGUAUUAAAUGCGACCCCUUGAUCUACUUCUACCACAACAUUGAAAAGGAUUCCGAGAAAAUAAUGGACUCCAUUAAAGGUAAAGCAGUAAUUCACGAUGAUUUCACUUCCUCCAUCAUGUUGGAUAAUUAUCUAAAUGUGAUACACUGCCAUUUGUACAUGCUCAAAUUGUUGUACAAAUCUUAUCUGAAUAAGUUAAAGAGGAAGCACACAUACGAUAAGGUAAAUUUAGAAUUCAUGAUUAAUCACACCUUUAGCAUAUUAAAUUAUCUCCUAAUUAAGUACAGCUAUGAUGAACGUGGUAGAGUGGUUAGACGACGCGUGGUCUUCUUAUUUUUGCAGUUCCUUUAUCUGAACUCCAAAUAUUAUUUUAAAAAUGUAACUUUUUUUUUGAAUAAAUAUGACAUAAACUAUUUGAUUAAAAGCGAAACAGGCAAUUUUUGUAAAAUAAAUGCGGAUCUGAGGCGCGCCCACUCCGUAAAUGAGAACACAGAGACGGAGGGACCAAAUGGGGAGGGAGAAAGCAAGAUUGAAAUAUAUGAUACGCAGAAGGAAAUGGGAGAAGAAAAUGCAAAAAGGGGAACCAUUCCUGGAAAGGGAGAGAAAGGAAGAAGCAGUGAAGAGGAUGGCAUAUUGGAUAAUCAAGGAGAUGCUAAUGAAGAGGGUUAUUAUUACUGUGAUGAGGAAAGAGUAGGAGGAGUAGAGGAACUCCUCUAUGAGGGGAUAUCAAAUAUAGAGGAAGAACAAGACAGAGGGAGAAAAUGCAAAGAGGCACUGAUGGAAAAGGGAGAAAACCAAUGUAAUAGGAAGGAUGCAUUUGUAGAUAAAGAGGAAUGGAAAGACGAGUUUGUAUCAAAAAAUGAACAACUUAAAAAAGGAAAAAAUAAAACGCACAAUUCAUCUAUAAGCAAUAUGAACAAAUUUAAAAAUGUAUUUACAAAAUUGGAUGAAAAUGUGAAUAUAGCCUUUUCUUCAUUUUUGAAAUGUUACCAUAAGUGUUUCUUUAUAUUAAACUUACGAUUACACGAAAAUGACAUGUUCAGAAAAAUUGUGUGGAAGGUGGCCCAGCGGAUUGUAACAUACUGUAAUGAUCUUUACACCAUUUUAAAAAUAAAAAAAAUACCAAUAAAUAGAAGCUACAAUUAUGUGUUUGAAGAAAUUAAUGAUAAUUUGUACAGGAAGAACAUUUUUUUGAAGCCUUCCUUUUUUAAGGUUUUAAGGGAAGAUAACUACGUUAACAGGAUUUAUGGUGUGCAUAAAGAAUAUAUAGAAAAAGAGGGGCGAAGACGAGUAGCUUCUCAUGGCAUGGAGGACUUAGACCAGAACGACGUACUAAACAUACUAAUAACAUUUGCCAAGUUUAACAGAGCAAAGUGCCAGAGGGAAAAGAUGAAUAAAAAAAAAAAACAGUUCAUCUUCCUCCUACAUUCGUACAAGUAUAUAAAGAAAUUCAUUUGCAAAGAACUGAAAGAAAAUAGCAUCCUAACAUUGUACCGAAAGGCUAAGCGGCUGGAUGAAAAUUUUAACCAAAGUAUUGAUUAUCUUCAUUCCCUGUUUGACACAAGACUUUGUUUGUUGUCUCUUGAUUUCGAGCUGCAAAAUAUUAUUAUCGAAUUUUUAAAUCGGUGCAUGGAGUUUGUCCAGCAAUAUCAACAAGAACAGAACCCACGGUUUGUGAUAAUCAACAAAAUGAUGAAUGUGUACAGUUGCGUUUUUUCUCUUUUUUAUUUGCGUCUGAAUACCUUCUCCGAAUUUCACACAAAUAAAUUGUUCAAAAUUUUGGGCAUUGAAAAAAAUAUUUUUUCAUACGAUGAUCAGGCCACUUGGCAUAUGCUGAACCUUUUCAAUUUUGUAAAUUUUAGAUAUGGCUCUUCCUACAGAUUUUUGAAUAGCAUUUUUACCUCCUUCCACGUUCUGCUUAAUGUGCUUGUGAAAAUUGACAUUCAUAUGGAGAUGGACAGGAAAUGCAUAGGGAGUGGAAGGUAUAAAAGGGAUACGCAGAUAAGCUCAGAGGGAAAUACAUAUGGCAAUGCGAUGCGACAGCGGAAUUAUGAACAAGUACAAAAAAUAAUAGAAAGGGAAAAAAUGAAGAAGGAGAGGAGGACAGGAUUGUCACAAUCAAUGCAUGGAGUGCGCUUUGGAAAAGGAAUCAUUUACAAAAUUGUAAAGGAAGUGAAAAAAAAAGUUACCGUAAGUGGAAAACUGAAAAUAAAAAAUAGCAUUUUCGAAAAUAUAAUUGGGAAGAAAAUGAAUAGAUAUUUUGUCAACCCUUUUGGGGAAGAAGUGCGCACGAAAAAAUUGGAGCGCCGAGUGGGUGAAUUGUGCAAAGAAAAGCGGAUGGAAAAAGUGGGAGUUCUGUUCAACAGCACGUUCUGCGGAGAGGAGAAGAGCCACCUCGGGGAGUAUUGUUCGGAUCCAUUGUCAACAAUUCACACCGAGACACAGGUAGAAACAAUCGCCGCGGUGGACAGGUGCGAAGUCAGAAAGAGAAGAAUCGUUGUGAGGGCCAAGGGGGGGAUGUUUCAUAUGAGCCAGUUCAAGCACAGCAACCGAAACCAACGUAUAUUACAGAGCUAUGGAAAAUUAAAAAAAAUAGAAAAAAAAUUGAAGAGAAAAAUAAACAAUGUGUGUUUUUUUAAAUAUAUUGCUGUGAUAAACAAGAGUCAGAAUAAGAUUUACACAACGCUCAGUCGUACUUGUGCUCAUAUUUUGUUCAUACUUAUAUCAAUUUUGCACAUUGAAAAUUACAACAUUUUGCAUUUAAGAAAGAACCAAGAUUUUUUCAUAAACAAUGAUAUAUACAAUACGUACUAUCUAUUUUUGCACAUUUCCAGUAGCAUCAUUUUGUUGCUUUCGUCUGUCUUAAAAAUGUAUUUGCAUUUUAAUCCUUCUGUGAGGCUAGAUGGAGGUGAAUAUACUGAGCGGAAGUUAGAUCAAACGAAAGGUCUGACUGCCAUGGCCAAGAUUGGUAAGAGUGCACCAAAUAUCCAGGAUGAAGAUGGUAUAGCCAUCCAAAUGGAAAGUGAAGAAGGAGGUCAAAGAUGUAGGAAGCGCCAUUUACCACAAGACGGAUGGGCUAACCAAAAUUGUAGGAUUGCUAAAAUGAACAAUCACACAAGAGACAAUAACGAUGGGAAGUUCUGCAUCCGACAAAAGGAAGAGGAGAGCAACAAGGGGAGGUACCAAAUUUAUCUAGAAACCCUGAUAAAAUUCAGCUCCAUGAACAUUCUAUUAAUGUCGAAAAAGAAAUACAAUAAGAAGAAUAAAAUGAAGAAAAACAAAUAUAUAUUUAUAUUUUGCAAUAUAAUAGAGAAUUUGUUGCAAAAUAGUAUGUUUUAUGUGGACAUUUUUAACAGCUGCAAAAAUAAGGACAUUUUAGAAAUGCAGGAUGUAUUUUCCAAGGUAAGCAAAUUGUGCAAGGAGAAUAACAUAAUGGAUGAUUUUAUGAAAAUUAAAAAUGAACUAAUUUAUCAUUCGCUAUUUAAGUACAUUCUUCAAGAGGAAUAUAUUAACCAUUUUAAUGUGGACAAAAAUGAACUGUACAAUAUGAAUAAGUGUUCGUUAAAUUUAUUUUAUUUUUCUUUAAACAUUUUGCUAACCACUUUUAACACGGACAUUUCAAUCCAUUUGGAAAGGAGCCUACAUAACAUUCACCAUUUUAAUCACGACAAAUUGUAUUAUGAGUUUGUUUUAAAUAAUGUUAAGAGAACUGUUCGUUACAUUAGAGAGAGUUCCAAGUCACCCUUUAACUGUAUCUUUGCCUGUGUUUUGUACUAUUUAACUAGAUGGAAGAAGGAAAGUGGGAAAAUGCUAAAGGGAAAGAACAGUGAGGAGAAAAAUAUCCUCUUACGAAGAAACAUCUCCAACCAGAGGUUUGCCUCUUCCCACAAUAUGGAAGAAGUGAAGGAAAACCUAUUUUUUAACUUGUUUUCCAAGGAACAAUGCACAGAUGAUACUGCGAUAAUGGGUAGUGUUAAUAAUAACUGGAAAGGCAAGGAGGAUAGCAACUCCAAAUUUUAUAUUCACCCGGGUGAAGAUUCAUAUGGCAUAUUUAAGAGGAAUGAGAAAAUAAUCCCAGGGGGUGAUAAACAUGUUGAAAAAGAAACUAGCCACUUGAAAGUGCACCAAAGGAAUGAAAGGAAAAUCAUGAUCAAAAUUGUCUAUGAUAUGAUAAGCCCCUAUAUGGACAUAAAAAACAUCAAGGUGUAUAACAGAAUCUACAGAAACAACCACACGAUUAAUAGCCUUAUUAACAUUUGCUUCUCAUUUUUGUUUAACAAUUUCCUAUUUUUGAAGCCUGUUUAUCCCUUCGACAUAGUUCCAAAGGAGAAGAAUGAAAACGAAUCAUGUGGAAAGAAAAUAAGAAGAACAAAUUACACGCUUGACAUAUUUAGCAUGAAAAUAAGUGAUAUAAAGGCAGUGGAAUUGUUCCUGUCGCUGUACAUUCAUAAGUACAUGCAGAGCAUAUGCCUAGAUGUGAACAAGUUGGUUGAUUAUAACACCUACAUGAAUCAGUUUUUUUGGGUAUCCAACAGGAGGAACAUAAGUGUCUCUUUCCCCUGUAAUGACUACACGUAUUUGAACUACGCCGCGCGUAAUGUGUACUACAAGUUUAACGACUACAACGUUCUACAGUUUUUGAUAAAUUUUAAAAAAUCCAAAAGUGAGGGCAAGGAAUUCAUGAUGUCGUUCGUGAAAGCAUUCGAAAGGAUGAUCUCCCUAGACGAGGAAAUAAGCACAGAUUACACAGAUCCCCUGAUGUACAACGUGUACUUAGAUUAUCUGAAUGAUCUGUUCCUGAAUGAUGACUACUACUAUGUGUGCUUCUAUGAGUACAUAAAGAACGUGUAUCUGGAGGAGAAUGAUGGAGAGUUCCAUAUUGAGGACAUGGAUUGCUAUAUAAAAGAACUUAAUGAGAUAAACCCGUACAAAAUAAAGGAAGAAAUGAAGAGAAAAUUUGAUGAGUACGUGCAGAAAAAUUAUCUACUUCUAACGGUAAGGAAGAACAGAAGGAGAGGAAAGAGUAUGUCUUGCGAAGAUGACAUGCGGCAGGUUGGUAAAGACAUAGGAGAAGCAGAAAAGAAGUUAAUUAGCAAUGGUGAAGAAAGAAUAAAAAUUGUUCUGAACAAUAACCCAUAUCACUUCAAAAACAUGUACAGGGCGUACAGAAACCGAUUGUUCAAACUUGUAAACAAAAAAAACAUUAACUACCUAGAACUAAUAAAAAUGCUAAAUAUAAAACCGUACAAUCAUUUUAGCAACAUGUUCUAUUGUUCGUUCAUUCACAUUUUAAGCGAAGUGAAAUAUGAUUACAAUAAACAUUACAAUUUUAAUAUAGGAAAAAUUAUGGAUAAAUUAAAUAUUGGAUUGAAAGCAUCUUUUUAUAACAACAAAAAUGUAAUUCUCUACUAUUACACAUUUCAGCAAUAUUUUCAUUUGUACAAAUUUCUAGAAGAUAAAUAUUUUUCUGAAUUUGUCCUUCCAGAAUAUAUGUUAUUAAAUAUUACCUCCAGAUUUGUUAAUAAUUCUUUGUACAAUACAAAUUUGUACCGAAUUUAUUGCUUUUUGAAAUUUCUGUACAUUCGGAAUGUGCUUAAGCAUGCAGACAUUUUGUUGAAUUUUCUGCUUUACGUUUAUUAUAAAUAUUUCCACUAUCAUUAUAGGGGAAAGGAUGAAUUUUCUCAUCAUUUUAUUGAUUUAUUUUUGAGCAUUCAUGAGGAAUCCUAUAAUAACAGCUUGUUGAUCACGGAGCUUAAGGGGAAGGACAACUGCGUGGAGAACAACCUACUAGGUACAGGUAACCUUCUCGAGAAAAAUCCACUUUUAGGUGGAAUUCCCGUUGCCAACUCUGCGAAAGAAGGACCACAUGGAGAGAAGAUAGACAGAGAAGCGGCAAAGCGUGACGACACAAACGGCGAAAUAAUCACAUCAAACGAAUUGCACAGCGAUGAUAAUGACCAACUUAACAGGGGUAACGAAACACAAAGCGCAUACCAAGAGAUUAACAACUAUCACCUGGUGUUGUCAAAUUCGCAAAACAGAUUUAUACAUCUUUUAUUUUUUAAAAUAUUAAUAAAUUGUGUCAAGUCCAAAAUUAACAUUCUGAAUGCGAAAAACCUCUUCAACAAUCUGAACUUUUUCAUUUCUUCUUACGUUAAAUACUCUCUCACUUACACAUUUGAAGAAAGAAAUACAGCCUUCCUGGAUGCCCUAAGACAUAAGUAUUCGUUUUAUAAUUUACAGGCAGUGAAAAAAAAUUUGAAAUUGUGUAUUUACUUAAAAAAUGUCUACCUUAAGCGGGACCUAUUUAACAGCGACAUUUUAUCCUUCCUGAACAUAGAGUGUGGUAUGAAGAAAGCUAGUUCUCCGGGGGGGUUAUCCAGGAAAAAAAAAAAAAAAAGAAAUGCCAACUUUGAUGCACCCCAAUCGAUGAACGACCAAUUUUCUACCUCCCAAAUGUUGGAGCAUGUUCGUAAAGGACAAUAUUCUGCAGAGACGCUACAAAGUUGCAGCGGGUUGGAGUAUCGGAAGGAUGAAAAUGUCAAUAGGAAAAGAACAAUCGGUGACAAUGUUCUCCAUGUGCAUGAUUUUGAAGGGAGCAAGAAGAACGAAAUGAAUAAGAAGAUGAAGUUACUUUCUGGAGAGGCAUGCCAAAUAGAGGAAGAUGAAGAACCUAACUGUAAGGAAAACUGCUUGGAUAAUAAUGUAGCUGAGAUUUUGACAGACGAAGGGAACCAAAUUAUUGGUAUGCAAACCGUGAAGGUAAAAAGGGAGGUGGAGGAACAAUACUCAAAUGUGGAAAGAACGAACCCGAUAGAUUCCUUCGAAAGUGGAAAGAAGGAAGAACAAGAGGAAGAGGAGAAAAAGAACAAUCCCCAUGAAGGAGAGACGAAUGACCAAACCUUCUGCUUGGACAUCAUGGAAGACGUAAAAAAGGGAUCUCACAUCAAGGAAGACCUGCAAGCGAACCAAAUUAAAGUAAAAAAAGAAGAAAUGAGCGAUGGAAACGAUACCAAGGUAUCCAUAGAUUCCUUAACCAAUGCAAACAUCUUGCGAAAACAAUUUUUUAAAAAAAGAAGUACCAAAAAGGUUUCAAAAAAGUACUACAUUAACAUCUUAAAGUUUUACUUAGCAAAUAGGGCGCAAGGAUAUGCUCUGAAUUAUUCAGAAUGUCAGAAGCUGGAAGAUAAAUCAAUUUACUUGGUGUUUUUAUUUUUAGGAAAAAUUUUUCAAUUCCUCUUUAAUUCACUUUUAUCAGAAAGUCGCCUUCAGACCGAUGAAAAUAAAAAUCACAAGAAAAGAGAACGAGACAUGAAGGCAGACGUGAAGGAUGCGCCCGAAUGUGUCGAAGGCUCCUAUACGUAUGAAAAUCUACUUCUGUACUUUAUGCUAAUUUCCAUGUGUCAUUACGCAGACAGUUUAAUAUUUCUAAGCAUUCACUUUUUGGAUCUUCACGAAAUCAGUUCCAAGCAAAGCAUCUCACUGCAGGGUAACUCCCAGCAGAGCAGUUCUCAGAAGGGUACCUUACAGAACCCCUCCUCCGUGAAUGAGGGAAACGCGGCUUUGUCCCACAAGGAAGAAAUGAACACGUAUAAUCUGGCAGAUCAAGAGGAAAGGAAUGAGCAGGGUAAUGAAAAUCAAAGCGAAACACCCGACAUUCAUAUGAAAAAGCUAAAUUAUUGUGAGAAGCUACAAGUUGAGAAGAGCCCCGGAAAAUACGAAGACAGUAGUAACAACAGUCGAAAUGGCUGUGAAAACAAUUUGAAGAAAAAUAAUUUGUUUUUGAAGCCUUCGCUAACGAGCACGAGGAGUUAUUAUAUGUGCAGAAAUGAAGCAGUCUACAUUAUUAAUGAAGAUAAGGAAAGCACACAAAUGAUCAUUCCGUUGUAUAAAUUGUUGGUAACUCGAUUGAAAAUUUGCUUGUAUUAUCCCAAGUACUUUUUCCUGGCUUCACUUUUUAACUACAAAUAUGACACAAGGUUGUCGGAUUAUCUGCUGAAUUAUUUGAAGGAUCUAAAUUUAAGUGAAGGUAUUAAAUAUUAUACGUACGAUUUGAAUAAUAAUGGCAAAGGUUCUACUGUUUUGGGACUUGAUGGAGAUUGCAAUGGAGGUGUUGCGAAAAGGUGCACCAUGGUGGACGCACUGAGUAAGGGUCAAGAAGCUGACCACUUGGGGGAUCACCACACGAGUGGCAUAAACCGUAAUGAGAAUAACGAGGGAGAGAAUGGAGAAAGAGAAGCAAACAUUUCAAGAAAUAUCUAUGACCCCCUCGACGAGGCGCACAUGUUAGAUCAUAACAUGAAGAACCCAUCGACAUAUAACGAACAUGCAAAAAAUGGCACCUUCCCGUUUAUGAAGGAAAAACAAAGUUUGAGCAUGUGUGUGAAUUAUUACACUCAUUAUCACGAAAAUGGAAACUCCAAUAACUGUAGUUUUCCAUCUCAUUACAAUUCAUCCAACAGAAUGGAAUAUGAUAAUGCAAACAUGGACAUGGAGCUGACGAAGCAGAAGCACAGGAACCAUGUGGAAAAUACUCUUCCGUAUGAAACGUAUGAAAGAGAGCUGAACGAGAAGGACAUGAGCGAAUUCAAUUACAAUGUAUACAAAUUAAAGGUCGUAAUAAAAAACAUCGAAAUUAGGUACGAAGAUGUCCUUAACGAUAUAAUUGAAGGUCUAAAUUUCAUAGCGGAGAAUAAAAACUGCGGAAAUUACAACUCACAAGCUGCUUACCACCUCUGCAUCUAUUAUUUUAUGAGAAAAAAUUACACAAAGUGUAUUCAUUACAUGAAAUUCUUCAUCAAUAAGGGCAAUUUUAAAAUUUGGCAGAAUGAAUCCUUCAAUCAGGAUUACUAUAACUUGUAUUGUAAAAGAGUCCAAAGGAGUGAAUUUAUCUUCAUCAAAUAUUUCACCAUUGUUUUAGAAGUUAGUAAAAACGUUUUGAAGAAUGUCCUAAGGAAAAUUUAUGAAGAAAUGUUGUGUGAACAUGGGAAUGUGGUGAAAGGGAAGGAGUUAAGAAGAGGGGGAAAUAUCCCCUGCGUGGACGACCCACAACAGGGGGAUAACGCAUCAUCCCGCACGGAUAAUUUCCUCUGUGCCCAUUUGAGGAAAUUCCUAGUAGGUGAAAAAGUUUUAGAAUUAUUUAAGGAAGAAAAGGAAGAAGAGGCAGCGUCAGAAACUCCAGUCAAAAAUGCAGACGAAAGGAAAACGGAUGACAACAACCAAGCGGAUGGACAGAAAACGGAGGAACACAAAACGGAGAAACACAAAAUGGAUGAACAGAAAACGGAGGAACAGAAAACGGAGGAACACAAAAUGGAUGAACAGAAAACGGAGGAACAGAAAACGGAGGAACAGAAAACGGAGGAGGACAAAACGGAGGAGGACAAAACGGAGGAACACAAAAUGGAUGAACACAAAAUGGAUGAACAGAAAACGGAUGAGAAGGAAACAGAUGAAAACAAAACGGAGGAACACAAAACAGAUGAGAAGAAAAAAGAUGAGAAGGAAACAGAUGAGCCAAAAGAAACCAACGUAAAUGAAUAUAAGGGUUCCCCCAAUAAGGAAAACGAAAACGGCACGAAGGAAAGGCCCAUCGAGGAAGACAUCACAAGUGAGAAGAAUGACCCACCUCAGGUGGCAGAAGCAGGUAAUAGUAUGUCCAACCAAAAGGAAAACAAAAUUGGAGAAAUCGAAAGUAAGUGGAUAUAUUUAGGGUACGACCAUUUGGAUCACUUAAACGAAAUAUAUGACAUAUUGAAAAUUCUCUUCGAAAUUUACAUAUACAUAGGUAAGACAAUUAAAAGGUUUAAUGACUACAAGGUGUUGGAAGAAGCAACCGUCAUAUACGGUUCCAAUAUUUCAGUAAUUAAUGUUCUUUUCAAAAUAAUUACCGAACAUUUAUGUUUCAUUUUCGAAGUGCUCUGUUAUUUUACUCCACACAUUUUGGUUUAUCCAAUCAUUUUGUUAUUCGCCGGUGAUAGGGUGCUUAGUUGUACGGUCUCAGAGGAGAGUUCUGAAAAUGUUACGGAAACUCCUCCUAAGAGUAAUACCACCCCCGUUAGCAGUAAAUACACGUAUUUAAAAAGAGCCACAAAUAAUGAAGAAUUAAUAUACAACAGUUCAUGUGCAUCACUAGACUUGAGAAUAUUUAAACUGUUCAGAGAAUUUUUAGCGAAUAAAUCUGCCACAAUACCCGCCAACCUAUCUACAAGGAUGCACAAUAUCUUCCUAUUGACGUGUAAGAAAGUUUUGUAUUACCAAAAGAGCGAACAAGACAUAAUUAAAAACUUAAGUUCGUACAACAAGAAAGGAAACAGAAAGAAGAAGGAAGGAAUAAUGAAAUUUGUAGAGAACGCCUUAAAUAGAAAUAAAACAAAAUUGUUCGAAUUUUUAAAUUUAUUUAAAAAUGGAAAAUUAUUAAACUGUACCAACUAUUUGAACUGUGAAGAUAUUAAUUUUUUAACAAGCAAACUGAAUUAUAAUUCCAGCUGUAAAGAUAUGAAUAAGAGUAGGCAUGUAAUUCAUUUGGACAAUAAUAAUGUCGACAAGACAACCUCUCAGGUAGAUAAAGAAAAUACCAUUUCUACUACGAACGAUGUGGGGCAUGAGCUCUCACCGGAUGCUAACACGCCCAUGUUGAGUAAAAACGAUUCUGUGGAUGAACAGAAAAAGAAACAAUGGAUCCUUUAUCAUAUAAAAUUAAACAACGAUAAGAAUAUUCUCCUCUACGACGAUUAUGAUAUCUUUAACAAUAUUAAAACGAAAAAUGAGGCAUUAAAUUGUGUUAACUCUAUUUUAUCGUAUAAAAAUUCUGCGGCCAAAAAGGGAGAAACGUCUAACCUGAAGAAGCGGAAGGCCACGGAUUCGACUAUAACUGAUGUGAAGAACGCUAUACGCGAGCGAGACUUAAGACGGCUUAAUAGGGAAAAAAGCAAAGUUGUGUAG